GGGAGGCGGCGGCAGCGGAGGCCGGGCGCUCGGUCGGCGGGAUGCGGCUGUCGGUGGCGGCCGCCAUCUCGCAUGGCCGCGUCUACCGGCGCCUCGGGCUCAGCCCGCGGUCGCGCCUGGACCUGCUGCGGAAUCUUGUUACAGCGCUGGUGCGCCAUGAGCGCAUCGAGACGCCCUGGGCGCGGGCCGACGAGAUGCGCGGCUACGCCGAGCGGCUCAUCGACUACGCCAAGCGGGGGGACAAGGACGAGCGCGCCAUGCGCAUGGCGGAUUUCUGGCUGACCGAGAAGGACCUCAUCCACAAGCUGUUCAAGGUGCUGGCGCCCCGCUUCCAGCCGCACGCCGGCAGCUACACGCGGCUGCUGCAGAUCCCCAACCGGGACGGGCUGGACCGCGCUAAGAUGGCGGUGAUCGAGCUGAAGGGGAACCCGCUGCCGCCGCUCGUCCGCCCGCGCCGCGACUCCGACAGGACCCUGCUGAACCAGCUGCUCAAGGGCUACCGGCAGGACGCGCAGCGGGCCCGCGGCACCCCCGUCUAGGGCCCCCCCGUGCCCCAGGGAAGGGAUGGUGUGUGAGGCAGGCAGGAGGGCUGGAGGGAGAGGGAAGUUGCCAUGGAGAGGGCUGCUGAGGGUCACUACUUGCUUCCUCUGGUUUGAAGAUGACACUCAGCAGGAGAAGGAAAUCAAGCUAGGAGCCAUGAUGAUUGGUAUUUUCUGUGUAAAUAAACUUUGUUCAGAAAGUC